ACGGCGACGAUCAGCUGUUACCUGGCCCACCCACACAUCCACGCGUACACCUGAAGGUGUACCGUGGCUGACCAACGAUCCGCUUUCCUUCAUACGUGUUCGUAACCAGUUCAUCGCACGACACCUAAUCGAACCGCUUCUUCCGUCGUAAUUAUUACACGUCGUUACGUGUCCACCAGCAUCGCAAACUUUUUGAUGACACUAUUAGCUUAUCGACAAAAAUCGCCUUUAAUCGCUGGCGAAACAACGUCGUUGAUAAACGAACCUGUUCUUCGACCGAACAAUGCUGCUUAUUUCUGCGGCAUUGAAAUCACCGAAAUCAACCGAUGACGUAUCUUCAUAUUUUACACUAUAAUAGGUGGAACGUGUUACUAGAGAAACGUACGUAUAAAUAUCGUUGGAUUAUUUCGCUUUCGUCGCUGUUAGGGAGGCUUUAACUCGACAAAGGAGAACCGCCUUUAAUGUGACAAUAUGUAUGCCAAGAGAGCAACAUAAUAGAGUUCACCUAAAUCACUGCUUAUAAUAUACGUAGCCGGGCCUGAAACGAGAACUGGGAUUAUAAAGACAAUGACCCCGGCGACAAGUCAGAUAUGUCCCGGCACGAUAAUUCAAAAGGACAUCUAAUUCAUACGAGAAACUCGUUUUUAUUCCCGGUAUUGGGUUAAGAGAGCGAGGGGAAUAAAAACGAGAAGAGCCGGACAAAGAAUAAAUUAUUACGUUUCACAACUUCCGCCGCCAUGGAAUCGAAAACGUCUCACUUACCAGGGAAACGCGCUGCUAUCCAGUCGAAUCUAUCUUGGUAGAGAAUCCUUCACGCUCUAGGUCACCCCUAUGUGACCGCGUUUUAGAAUGAAGGAGGGCAAGAAAACCCGCAUGAUACUUUUCCUAAUCUCUGCACCACGAAUCCAUGCAGGAAAUUUUAUAAUUUCCAAAAGUUAUUACAUGAAAAAGAAUCGAAACGCGGAAGAGAAAGCAUGGUGCGGGGGGUGCUAGCCCUCCGGUAGCGAGAAGAACGGUCAUGCAAAGAGUAGUCGGGCGUAUUGGGCGUUCUUAAAGAUGGCCGAUCGGUUCGCGGCGCGGAAUCAAUAUUGUUGGAUUGCCUCGAUAACGCCUCGUAAAUAUAAUAAAGCCCUCGGAACCUCUCGGCUCGGCGUAGUCGGUCUAACAGAGAUAAUGGUCGAAGCCGUGGGCACCCGGUAGGCCUGCUACGGCAGAGGGGUUCCCGAUGCAAGGGCCUGAAACCCCUCUACGAUAUCGCGUGUCUCUCUCCUUCUCCCUCUCCUUCGGGCACAACACGUCUCGGUCGGAGCUGGCGGGCAAAGCAACAACCGAGUCAGUGCGAUUCAGCCCGUGCCGGCGAACGGUUCGCUCCUCGACGCCGCGUCCUUUACAAUUCUUUCCGUUCCUUCGUCUCGCGUUCUACUCGCGUACGUUCUCCAUUCUACCAACUUCUUCUUCCUCCACGGCUGUGUGUGGUCCCUGCCUCUUUCCACCGGACGUGCUUCCCCGCUGGAGCGCGAUAAAAACAGGUCGACCGUCGUUCGAUCGAGACGAUUCGGCGCGAUAGUUCCUUCCUUCGACAGAUCGGACGAAUAGUAUCGGAAGAAGAUCGAGAAUAAUCGCGGACGAUUGACUAGCGUUUCGAAAGGUAGAACGCGGAUGGCGGAAGAUCGCUAGCUGCGCUCGAGCCGGAGACUUCGACGACCGGUAGGAGGAUGUCGCGCGUCGCGGACCACCCUGACUCUCUGUGUCGUCACCGUGUGUACCGGUGACGACCAUCCUCGUGGCGAUCUUACCACGGAGAUCGCGACCCCCACGUGUGUGUUGUGUUUUUGCGCCACCUCCGGACCAUUACUUCGGCCGACGAAAAAACGACUUCGAUUCGAUCUGUCAUUUUUCUUUUCGUCGAAGAAACAUCCUAUCGGUGGAACAGUGUUAUGAUCGUACGGAGAAGAAGACAACAGUGAGCUGUUUUGUACGAAGUGAUCGUCGAUCGGACGAUGAUUCGAGCAGUGACAACUAGUUAUUUCCCUUGAUAUCGGAUAACGGAAUGAACGUGUGAUAUCGUAAGCGGAAAAGAUCGGCGGGAAUAAACGCGGAAAGUUGUCGGCUAAGUGCGAUUACCAACGAUAGUAAAGUGCGUGUAUGCUACGGUUCACCAGCCGUGGGAAGCUGUACGAAUCACGGAUUAAUGCAGGCCGGAAAUCACAGCAUGGAGGACAUGGUGACGGUAGCCAGCAGCAACACGCCAAGCACAAACACGGUUCAUCCGAGUGUGAACGACAUGGACUGGUUCGCUGGUGUGGCCGAGGAAGAGCUGUUGUACUACACGGGCGUCGGCAACGACGUCGAUUCUCUUUGGGCUGUGAUCGGAAGCUUUGUACCACCACCGCCUAGACCACCUUAUUUACCUGAGGAGGCUGUUACCACUGACGGACUCACCACCUGUGAUUUGUGCUCCUGGGCGUGGAGGAACGACAGGCAUUCCUUCUCUCUGGACGGCACCCUCGAAGCACCCGGAGAACUCGGAUGGGUGCUCACGUUGGUGAUAGUGUCGUUAGUAUCGGCUGGUAUCGGUGCGGUGGUCAUGGUGACCCUUCUCCACUGUCGAAGAUUGAAGAGCACCGGUGGAAGAGCGAGCUGCUGCAGCGUCGGCGUCGAAGACUCGAACGUUCAGGAAGCCGGUGCCACAGCUGGUGGAGGCGGUUCUGGUGGCGGGGUAGCGGUUAUACCAGAUCGACCACCUCUCGAGCUCGAUAAGCUGCCACCUUAUCACGACGUUGCCCCUAGUCCUGGGCACAAUGUGUGGUCGUGGUUAGGCUCGCGACGUGGCGGUGGUACGCCAGGAGUCGUCACGACGCCUCUUUCUCUUCCGCAACAUAGACGGGCGAUGAAUCUUCCAGUGGAGAACCACUACACCCACAUGCAAACGGACGAAGCCCUAUACGCAGAACUGGACUCUCAGGCCGCGAGCUACGCGAGCGAUCUGCAGCUACAAAUGAGAGGAAGCUCGACGUACGGUACUACUUCCGGCGGACAGGACGACGAGUACCACGAGUUGGACGCCGCGAGGUUACAUCGUCAUUACGGUGGAAGCAACGGGGACGGUUCUCUUCGAGGGGAUACGCUUCGUACGCGCCACAGUAAAAGGUUACAAGAACCGGAUUACGAGAUGUACGAGAACGGACCCUCGACGCCGGUGCCGCCGGGUCAGCUACAGCACCAUCAUCACCACCAUCAUCACCACAAUCAUCACCAUCAUCAUCAGGACCUACGGAUCGGCGGUAGUAGGAACGGUGAACAUCCGUCGUAUCAGAACACAGCGUACACCGGAAGCGACGCGGAGCCGGAUGGACCGACGUUGAGCAGCGCACCGAGCAGCGCGUACUACAGUGACCUUAGCUCGAAUUCGACGAAUCAACAGAUACCUACAGCAACAUCAUCGACGAGCAACACGAAUCUUCAUCUGAAUCCACAGGGUCUGGAAAGUUCGCAAUAUAGAUUGGCCGCGAUAAACGAGAGUUCAGUGCCUUCGGAUUACAUCUAAAACGAGGAUGAACUUCGAUGAAAAAAUCGGUGAGGAUUAGUCUGUUCGAAUGUUCCUUAUUUUUAAGUUCGUUGCAAAGAGAAGACUGGUGUUACUAUAACAGUGUACGAACAAUUGUGAUUCUGGUAGUGAAUUAUUUUAUAUUCAAGUGGAGUACAUGGAUCGAUGGUGAUCUAUGUUCGAAAACACUUCGUUAUAAAUAAUGAAAUUAGAGUAAACAGAAGCUCGGCCAGGAAUUUAAUUUAAUUGAAAAUUUGAGAAAUGAAACUAUCUAAACGACAGUGCCAUACAAAUUUUCAACUUGCAACUCUCUUCUGUCAAGAAGAAACAAGUGCUUACUCGUGCGGAAAUCGAUGAUGUUCGUACGUCGAAUGAAACUACAAUUACAAUAGACUUACUCUCAUUUAAACUCAAUGAAAAUGAUUUAUCAUUACGUGUCUUGUUACGUAACCGUGCAUUUCGUGCAGCUUGUAACGCGACUUUCUGAAUAAACCAGAAGCCGCAUUUGCAAACUA